AUGACUGGCUUCACCCUUCCUGAACUGUAUUCUAGAUACAACCUCCAAGCUGAAAGGCUUCAAACUUUUCCCUUUACUCAUUAUACUUUUAUCUGCCUGAUGUGCUAUUUAAUUUCAGAGAAUAAAAGACCAUGCCUUGAAUUCUCCAACCUAAAUAUAAAAGAUUCCUUAAGAGAUUUGUUUGUUCCCAAAGUAAAGACAAUUCUGAUGAUGUACACAAGGAAUAACCUAAACUGUGCUCAACCACUGUUUGAGCACAAUAACUCACUUAAUAUUAAUUUCAACACACAAAAGAAAACAGUCUGGAUUAUUCAUGGAUAUAGACCAAUGGGUGCUACCCCAUCAUGGCUUCCAAAGUUUCUGAGGAUUUUGUUGAAUGAAGAAGAUAUGAACGUAAUUAUUGUAGACUGGAACUAUGGCGCUACAACUUUUAUUUACAAUAGGGCAGUUAAAAACACCAAAAAGGUUGCUGAGAGUUUGAGCAGGUCCAUUCUAAAUAUUUUGAAGCAUGGAGCAUCUCUUGACAAUUUUCAUUUCAUAGGUAUGAGCUUAGGGGCUCAUAUUAGUGGCUUUGUUGGGAAGAUAUUUCAUGGUCAACUUGGAAGAAUAACAGGUCUUGAUCCUGCUGGACCAAAAUUUUCUGGAAAACCACCAAACAGAAGAUUAGAUUAUAGUGAUGCACAGUUUGUGGAUGUCAUUCAUUCUGAUAUCAAUGGUUUAGGCAUUCAAGAGCCAUUGGGACAUAUAGAUUUUUAUCCAAAUGGAGGAAAACAACAACCUGGCUGUCCUAAAUCAAUUUUUUCAGGAAUCGAAUAUAUUAAGUGCAACCAUCAGAGAGCAGUUCACUUGUUCAUAGCAUCUUUGGAAACAAACUGCAAUUUUGUUUCAUUUCCUUGUGAUUCAUACAAAGAUUACAAGAGUAGUUUAUGUGUGGACUGUGGCAGCUUUAUGAAAGAUUCAUGUCCUAGGCUAGGUUAUCAAGCAAAGUCAUGGAAGGGUGCUUUAAAAGAAAGAAGAAAAGGAUGGCCUCUUAGAACCCUUGCUUUUUUGGAUACCAGUGGCAAAAAUCCAUACUGUACCUAUUAUUUUGUUAUCAGUAUAAUUGCUUUGGAUGAAACUAUGAAUGGUGGCUCUAUUUCAUUUAAGUUACUAAACCAGCUUGGAGUGUUUGAAAAGCCAAAGAUCUAUAAGAAAAGCAAGCCAUUUGAUAAACUUCAAGAAGUCAAUAUUCUUGCUCAGUUUUUAAAUGAUAUUACAAAUAUUUCAAGCAUCGUUAUGGCGUAUUUCCCUAGCUCCAAUCUGCAAUGUCCCUAUUGCCAAUACAGGAUCCAGAGUCUCAUGUUAAAAUCACUUACAUAUCCAGAAAGACCACCACUUUGCAGGUAUAAUUUUGUGCUUAAAGAAAGACAGGAAAUAUUUCUUCAACCAGACACAUGUACAACAGAGAAUAAUUAA